AAUCCCUUUUUCUGGCACAGCCUCAUCGCGGCAGCGGAGAACCCUGUGGCUGUGGCGCCAGGGCGAGUCGAGAAGUGGCCGGCGGCUUCCCGAGAUCUUAACCCGAGCUGCACCUGGUGCCUCCGGCCAAUCGCCUCUCCCGCGCGCCUCCGCUCUUUCUCGCCUUGCUCCUUUUGUUUUGUUUUGUUUCGCUCCCGCCUUCCAGGAUGUCAGAGAAGCCCGCGGAGGAGGCUCCGGUGGAGUUGGGGGCCAAGGACCUGAAAGAAAAGAAGGAGAAGCACGAGGAGAAGUCUGCCCGCAAAGAAAAGAAGGAGAUAAUAGAGGAUGAUGAGAAUGGAGCCGAGGAAGAGGACGAGGAGGAAGACGCAAAUCCCGAGGAUGUGGAUGACGACGAGGACGAGGAUGAAGACGAUGAGAAUGAACAGGAGCCAGAUUCGCAUGCAGUGAAGCGAUCUGCGGAGAAGAAGCAGGAAGAGGACGAAGUGGACCCAAAGAGAAAGAAAACAGAAAACGGCUCUUCAGCUUGAACCCCACCCUCUUCUCCACUAUCUGUCCCCCCCCCCAUCUUCCUUCCUCCACCUGUGCAGGCCCCCACUUCUGUGUGCUGUUAGCCACAGAGGACGAGAAGGGGUUACAAAUGUUUUCCAAUGAGGACAGAGGAAGCUGAAGAUGGCUCUUCCCUAGCCCCGAGAUGUGUUCCAUAUUACAGUGCUCCCUACAGCUGCCCAUUUCUUCCUCUACCCGCCAUUUGAAUAUCCCCAAAUAUCCAGAAACAUCGCCCCUACUUCUUCCCAAUCACUCUCUCUCAAAAUUUCUGCCUAACUUGAGAUCAUCACAUGCCUCUGCUUUUGAUACAUCUUCUGUAAACUUCUUCCGCCCUGGACAAAUUCCCGCCUCCUCCCACCUUUCCCCUCCUUUUCUUUGGCCCCUUACAGAAUUCCACAAAUGCGGUGUGGAAAUUUUAUGGUGCUGAAAUGUUAAAUUGGGUCCAGAGCCUGGGAUGUAAAAGGGGCAGGGAAUUUCGCAGUGAUUUGUUCCUGUGCCCUGUGCCUGGUUCCCUUUCCAUUGCUGGGAAAAGGCAAAAAUAUAAAUAUAUAUAUAAAUGCAUACAUAUAUAUACACAAUUUAAACGUGUUUUUAAGUAAAACAUAGACAAGAUUUUCAUUAUUAAUACAUUUUUGUACAAAUUUACAAGGCAGGCAACAAGCUGGAUCUGGUUGACUUUUUUUUUCCUUCUUCUUCCAGAAGGCGAAGCUUGUUUUUAAAUGUGUAAAGUAAUAAUGUGACUCAGUGUGUGUGUUCCUCAUUUGGGUUUUUGUUUUUUUAAAAAAUUAAAAAAAAAUUAGGGACCAAAUUUUGAUUUCUCCCUUGUUCCUUUCAGGGUCUUUAGUUGUUUUUGUUUGUAAAUUAACGCAGACCCAUCUGCAGUAUUUUCUAUGGCACAGACAUUAUGAGGAUGAGAAAUAUAAAUAUAUAUAUUGUUUAGCACUGUAAAUAAAAAACCUUUCAAAAAGA